UUUCUCAUAUCUGAGUACAUUACAUUCAAUAUACAUUUUGGAUGUUGCGCAUUUAUCUUCUCUACUUCUCACAACGGUAUUUAUUUUUAUUUGACUGCUAUUAUGUCUUGGUCAACAUAUUCAUCUGUAGAUGGUGGCUUUACCCUUGCCUCUUCGUCCUGCCAUAUUGUUCUUAGUCCUGAUGAGUGUGACACUGAUGACAUCUGCAUUUCCCCAGCCUCAACUUCGACCUCUGCAAAGUAACUUGCCUGCUAUUGGUCAAGAAGACUCCAAAGGUGAACAGUGGGAAGUUCUGUACCCCUCCAUCUCACUCCGUGACUGGAGCAUUCAGAUGCUGACCGCCCCAGAUUUUGGUGCAGCUAAGACUGGGACAGAACAGCUGGUGGGAGAUGAUUGGCUUCCCCUCAGCCAAUCACAGAUGGAGGAGGAGCUGGUGAAGGGCUGGCCGGGGAACUGGCCUUCACGGGUGGGUCACCAGCAGAAGAGAAACAUAGUGGUGGCAGAUGACGCUGCAUUUAGAGAGAAGAGUAAGCUUUUGACAGCAAUGGAAAGACAGAAAUGGCUCAAUUCCUAUAUGCAGAAACUCUUAGUAGUUAAUUCAAAGUAAUUAGAAUGUUUAUGUAAUUGUAUAUAUAUAUAAAAUAUGUUGAAAAAUAGUAUAUUUCAUGUGGGAGAAAAACACCAUUGAUUAUCACAGAUAAUUAAACAAGUUAAAGGGUUAGUUCAACCAAAAAUAACAAUUCUGUUAUCUAUAAUCAUGCAUUUUAAUCCCGUAUGACUUUCUUUUCUGCCUAGAACCCAAAAAGUACAAUUUAGCACAAUG